AUGGGUGCACUGAUUCAAGUUAAAGUCGACCGUCGGAGAGCAAAUGAGAUCCUUCAGGUCGUGUCUAAGUUCCUCAAGAAGCAUAGAAUUGUACGUGGAAUGAUAGCAUACAGCGUAUUGUGGCCAGUUGGAAGUAUGGUACAGCAGACCUUUGAAGGCAAAAGUUUUAGAGAAUUCGAUUGGAAGAGAAUUUUAAGAUUCUGUCUAUAUGGAACAUUGAUACAAGGACCUGCUCUAUAUUGCUGGAUGCGUGUAGCUAAUAAAAUGUGGCCUCGUUCUGAUAUCCGAUCAGCCUUAGCAAAAGCAUUCACAGAGCAAGUUGCAUUUGAUCCAUUUUCUAUAUCGUUGUUCCUGUACGCGAUGACUAUUUUUGAGGGUAAAACACACGAGCAAGCUAGACGAGAAGUUUCCUCGAAAUUCCUCAGUAUAUACGCAAUUGGACUCGUUUAUUGGCCAAUCACGCAGACCAUCAAUUUUGGUUUUGUGAAGCCCAAAAAUCAAGUAAUUUAUGUAUCAUUUGCGUCACUUAUUUGGACUACGUUUUUGGCUUAUGUGAAGGCUCAUCCAAUUGACGAAGAAACAAAGGAGAAGGUUAAAGUCGCUAUUGAGAAACGUUAUGAACAUCUUAAAGAAGUUGUAGAGCACGUGAAGCACCCAAAGCACGAAUAA